ACCGGACACAAUAUUUCCUGUGGGGUUUGGUCAUCGAAUGCUCGCCCAUUCCAUCCGCAUAUGAUUUUUGUCAAACCAAUCCUUCCAUGGCAAAUAUUGAGACUACGUAGAGAUGUUCACAUUAUCCCCCCCACAUCUUCAUCAUUUAUUACGCAGCAUUCAAGGCAAUAUUCCUAUACGUGAAAGAUAUACGGAGUCCAACCAGACUGAAUUAACAUGAAGAAUAGAAAGAGGGCCAAAAUGCGAGAUCUCAGUCUCAGCUAUGCAUUAGAAAAUCGAGUUUUGGAUCUCUACUUCACUCCCUGGACCAACACGUCAGCGCCAAGGACAAAAUCGAAGUUAUCCUUGUCCGAUCAGGGUCAUAACCGUCAAUGUUCACCACACCUAGUUUUACCCUUUUCUUUAACUCGUUUUACUUCACCCGUCUCUCCGACGACUGUUCCACGCCGCUAUGGAACUUCUUGCCGGCGACCGUCGGAACCUUGUCACCGAUGAUGUCGACCCAUUGGUUGGCUCCGAAAUUGGCUGUGGAUGGAUCCGUGCCCGACCCGAAGGUUCCAACGGCGGUCUGAUCACGCUCGCCGACUUGGCCCCGCCGCCGCGGAAGCUGAGACCCAUUAGGUACGGAGACAGGCUGCCCUCGGAGGACCAGCAUCCUCUUGAUGUUCUCGCUGGAACCCUAGACCAGUUGCCGGAGCUUGGCUGCUUCGACGCACCCUUGGGGGCUAAGAUCGUCGACGUCGAAAAAAGAGGUGACUUGGCACGUGGGUUCGCCAAGGAUCAUCCGGGUGGGGUCGGUUCGGGCACUAGAUUUGGAACUGGUACCGCUUGUGAUGGUGCGUCUCUGAGUUCCUCUGUUGAUAGCGAUGGUGGGUCAGGUGGCAUCCAGGCGGCAGCCACCAUCGGUAAGAGAAAGCGGAAAACACGGGAAAAGCUCCAGCAUUUCUUGGAAAAGCUGGUGGGGAAUAUGUUGAAAAGACAGGAGAAGAUGAAUGAGCAGUUGAUGGAGGUGAUUGAGACGAAGGAGCGGGAAAGAAUACUCAGGGAAGAAGCUUGGAAGCAGCAAGAAAUGGAGAGGAUGAAACGAGGCGAGGAGGUGAUUGCACAAGAGAUGGCGCGCGGCUCAGCUAUCAUUUCCCUGAUACAAACGGUGAUAGGACAGGAGACGGAGAUCCCUCGACCGCAACCCCAGAAUCUGCCAGAACAAACACCCAAGUUGUGUGAUUUGAACAGCAGCAGAAGGUGGCCGCGAGCAGAGAUGCAGGCGUUGAUAACGAUCAGAAGCGAGGUAGAAGAGAAGGUAGGGAAGGGGUCGAUAUGGGAUGAGAUAUCAGAGAGAAUGCGGGAAAAGGGGUACAAACGGUCGGCGAAGAAGUGCAAGGAGAAGUGGGAGAAUAUGAACAAGUAUUACAGGAAAGUGAUGGAGGAAGGUGGGAGGAAGCGGGCGGAACACAGCAAGACCUGUUGUUACUUUCAGGAACUGGAUAGCCUUUACAACAAGACGGCUGGAGAUUUGGUUUAGAUAGAGAAUGCUAUAUCAUAUCUUAGGGAAAGUGAUGAAAUUUACUACCUGUUUUGAGACUUAAGUUACUGGGGAUAUGUUUAUAUGGUAGAAAGAUGGCUUCUUGUU